AUGGGUGAAAACAAGAGAUCGUCAGCUUGUCCGACUAAUGCAGAACUUCUACGUGCUGACAAGGAGCCUUUGCGAGAAGCCGACUUAUCGUCGAAAGAUAUGGUCUGGGUUCCUCAUGAAAGAGAAGGCUUCGUUGCAGCCGUUAAAAUUCAAGAACAAGGAGAUAACUGUAUAGUACAACUUGUAGAGUCUGGGAAAAAGUGUACUUUUCCAAAAGAUAAUAUACAAAAAAUGAAUCCUGCGAAGUAUGACAAGAUCAAAGAUAUGGCAAACCUAUCGUUUAUGAACGAAGCCUCUGUCCUUCACAAUCUUAAGUCAAGAUACUACUCAGGAAUGAUAUAUACGUACUCCGGCCUAUUCUGUGUGGUUGUCAAUCCAUAUAAACGGCUACCUAUAUACGAUGAAGAAAUUGUGGAGUGGUACAAAGGGAGAAAGCGCCACGAGAGACCACCUCAUAUAUUUGCUAUCGCUGAUGCAGCCUAUCGUAGCAUGCUUCAAGAUCGUGAGGACCAGUCGAUUUUGUGCACCGGUGAAUCUGGAUCCGGAAAAACUGAAAAUACGAAAAAGGUUAUACAGUACUUGGCGUCUGUGGCCACUUCUGCAAAGCACCAGAAGACUUCGGCUAAAAACGUGAUUUCAAAAAUGAACGCCAGAGAUGUCAAUAUUGGCGAACUUGAAGCACAACUUUUGAAAGCUAAUCCUAUCCUGGAAGCCUUUGGGAACGCGAAAACAAUAAAAAAUGACAAUUCUUCACGUUUUGGCAAAUUCAUACGCAUAAACUUCGAUACCUCCGGAUUCAUUGCUGGGGCUAAUAUUGAAACAUAUCUUUUAGAGAAAGCUCGUGUUAUUCGUCAAGCGCCAGAUGAACGUAGUUUCCACAUAUUUUAUCAACUUCUGGCCUCAGCUAACCCAACUAUGCAACAACAACUACUAUUAAACAAUGCUAGUUCAUACCGCUUCCUUUCAAAUGGCAUGAUUGAACUACCAGGGAUUGAUGAACAGCAAUUUUUCCGGGAGACAACUGAAGCUAUGGAUAUAAUGGGCAUUAAUAGUGAAGAUCAAAAUGCUAUAUUCCGUGUAAUAUCAGCUGUACUUCAUUUGGGGAACUUUGAGUUCCGUCAAGAGAGAAAUUCUGACCAAGCAACUUUACCAGACCACUCAGUUGCUGAAAAGGUAUCUCAUCUUCUGGGUAUUCCUUUAAAUGAAAUGACCAAAGCAUUUCUUAAACCCCGCAUCAAAGUUGGCAAAGAUUUGGUAUCAAAAGCACAGACGAAGACCCAGGUUGAAUUCGCUGUCGAGGCAAUUUCAAAAUCUAUAUACGAAAAACUAUUCCUUUGGCUAGUCGCGAGAAUAAAUAAAACAUUGGAUAAAACUAGGCGACCAGGCGCAUCGUUUGUUGGAAUUCUUGACAUUGCAGGUUUUGAAAUUUUUCAAGUGAAUUCGUUUGAGCAACUGUGUAUUAAUUAUACAAAUGAGAAACUUCAGCAACUUUUUAAUCACACUAUGUUCAUAUUGGAACAAGAUGAGUACACACGCGAAGGUAUUCCGUGGGAAUUCAUAGACUUUGGACUUGAUUUACAACCCACAAUUGAUUUGAUUGAACGUCCUAUGGGUAUCUUCGCUUUAUUGGAUGAAGAAUGCUUCUUCCCCAAGGCAACUGACAAGUCAUUUGUCGAAAAACUUAUCAAAUCUCAGGAUAAGCAUCCUAAGCUGUGUAAAACAGAAUUUCGUUCCAAUGCUGAUUUUGGCGUUAUACACUAUGCUGGUCGAGUGGAUUAUAAUUCAAACCAGUGGUUAAUGAAAAACAUGGAUCCGCUUAAUGAUAAUGUUGUCGCCUUGCUUCAAGCAUCAAAUGAUCCUUUCGUUCAGGCUAUGUGGAAAGAUGCAGAAAUUGUAAGCAUGUCUGCCACGACGACGAACGACACUGCUUUCGGUUCUGCCCGUGGCGUCAGAAGAGGAAUGUUUCGCACUGUAAGUCAAUUGUACAAGGAUUCACUCAUACGCCUAAUGACUGUGUUAAAAAAUACAUCGCCCAACUUCGUUCGUUGUAUUAUUCCAAAUCAUGAGAAAAAGCCUGGUCGAAUUGAUGGUCCAUUAGUCCUAGAGCAGCUCAGAUGCAAUGGAGUAUUGGAGGGAAUCAGAAUUUGUCGCCGAGGUUUUCCAUCACGUAUCCUCUUCCAAGAGUUUAGACAGAGAUACGAAAUUUUGACUCCUAACGUUAUUCCGAAGGGCUUUAUGGAUGGUCGCAAAGCUGUUAUUGAAAUGUUGAAGGCUCUUGAUUUAAGCCCUGAAGUUUAUUGUAUUGGCCAUAGUAAGAUAUUUUUCAAAGUUGGUGUUCUUGCUCAAUUGGAAGAGGAUCGUGACAUACACCUAACGAAUACUAUCAUUAAGUUCCAGGCAUAUGCUCGUGGCUAUCUAGCUCGACGUGCAAAAGAACAACGUUUACAGAAUAUUCAGGUCUGCAAAAUAAUCCAAAGAAAUUGUGAUGCCUACCUCAAACUGAGGAACUGGGCCUGGUGGCGUUUAUUCACAAAAGUUAGACCACUUCUCACUGUGACACGUCAAGAGGACCUAGUUGCUGUGAAGGAAGAAGAGCUUAGAAAAAUUCGAGAACAAAUGGAAAAAGUUGUGAAUGAUCUAAGUGAAAUGCAAAGAGCGUAUGAAAAAAUGAGUAAUGAGAAGGCUCAGUUGAAUGCUGAACUACAACAAGAGCAUGAUUCUAACCAAAACUUGCAAGUGGAACGUGAUCGUCUACGAGAAAAAUUACAGUCUUUAGAAGAAGAUUAUCUAGAGCUAGAGAAUAAAGACAAUGAAGAGAAGUCGAGGCUACAAUUUCUGGAAUCUGAACAAAAGCGCCUUUCAGAACAAAUAACGGACUUAACAGAUCAAUUAGAACUUGAGGAACAGCAACGUCAAAAGUUGCAGGUUGAAAAGACUUCUAUUGAACAAAAGAUUUCUCAACUUAACGAUAGCUAUCUUAGCAUUGAAGAUAAAUAUAAUAAACUUUUAAAAGACAAAAAGCAGUGGACUGACAGAAUCGAACUUUUAAGCAGUCAGUUAGCAGAAGAAGAGGAGCGUACUAAACAACUAACCAAACUUAAAAGUAAACACGAAAGUGGUCUUACUGAACUUCAGGAUAAACUUGCCCGUGAACAGAAAUCUCGUCAAGAUAUUGAGAUGGCCAAACGAAGAUUGGAAACAGAAGCUUCUGAACGUUCUGACCAAGCGUCGGAAAGUUUACGGCUUGUUGAUGAACUUCGAGCAACAGUUGCUAAAUUAGAGGCAGAAGUUGCUCAGCUACAGAGCCGACUCGAUGAAGAGAUCGUUGCCAAGACUAUGCUACAGAAAAGAGUACGAGAAUGUGAAUCGCUAAUUCAAGAGCUCAAUGAAGACUUGGAAACCGAAAGAAAAGCACGUGACAAGGCGGAUGAGGCUAAAAGAGACCUUACCGAAGAAGUGGAGGCUAUGCGGUUAGAGCUCAUUGAUAGUGGAACAAACAGUGAGGCACAAACACAAGCUCUGCGGAAGUAUGAAGCUGAUUUAUCUAGUCUUCGUCACCAACUUGAAGCUCAGUCCAAUGCUCAUGAAGCUGCAAUUCAGGAAACGCGUAAAUCACAUGCCGUAGCUUUAGAAACACUAAAUGAACAGAUCGAACAACUGAAAAAGAGUAAAACAUCAUUGGAAAGAUCUAAACUUCAGCAGGAUUCAGCAACUGAAGAACUACAGAAACAAAUUCAAAGCCUUAGAUCAGACAAGGCAGAGAUGGACAAACGUCGACGUCAGGGUGAACAGCAGCUGAAUGAAAGUUUGGUUAAAAUCCAAGAAUUAGAAAUGCAACGUGGUGAUUUAGAAUCCAGACUGAACAAGGCAUUGAAUGAAAUUGAAGGCUUAAAUAAUGCCAUGGAAGAAAUAGAAACAAAACUAGGCAAAGUUGCACGUUCUGAAGCGUCUGCUCAAGCUGAACUAAGCCAUCUUCGUGCACGGCUAGAUGAAGAAACUCAGGCAAAAAUAAGUCUACAGUCACAGUUGCGUCAAGUAGAAGAUGAACGAGAAUCAGUGAAAGAUUUAUUCGACGCUGAAGAGCAAGCCAAAGUUGCUUUGGAAAAGCAUGUUCUAACCUUGACGACACAGAUGCAAGAUGCUAAGAAGAAAGUUGAAGAGGAUACACUUCAGCUAGAAUCACUUGAAGAUGCACGUAAAAAGCUUCAGCGAGAAUUGGAUGAUACACGCAAUCGUAAUGAAGAACUUGUCUCACAAGUUGAAAAGUUGGAGAAAUCACGCAAGAAAUUACUAAGUGAAGUCGAAGAUAUGAAUCAUGUGAUGGCCAGUCAACGAUCUGAUCAAGCUAACAAUGAACGCCGAAUUAAGAAGUUAGAGUUGACACAUGCAGAAACAGUUAAUCAACUAAACAGUUUCCAAACACAAAAAGAAGCAUUCUAUCAAGAGAUGCUUGAGAAAGACACCAAACUGUUUACGCAAAAGAAUGAAAUUGAGAAACUUAAAGAGCAACUGGAAGAAGCAGAGCGUCAGCGUUCAAUGCUGGCAAGAGAAUUAGAGGAACUUGGUUCUCAUGGAGAUGAUGCAGGAAAAAGUUUAGUGGGAUUAGAACAGACUAAUUAUCGUUUGAACGAACGACUGAAGGAAGCACAACAGCAAAUAGAAGAAUUAGAAGAUGAAAUCUCCACUUUUACCAUGGAAAAGCAACGAGCAGAGGUUCAAAUGAAUGCUGUUCGAACGCAUUUGGAACGAGAACUAGCUUCUCGCGACGACUUGCUUGAGGAGCAAAGACGUCAGUCUCUUAAACGAAUUAGAGAACUGGAGACUGAAUUAGAGGAAGAACAGAGGGAACGUGCCAGUCAUCUGAAUGUUCGCAAGAAGUUGGAAGCUGAUCUGGUAGAUCUCAACCAACGUCUUGAGUUGGCAAAUCGACAGAAAGAAGAGGCUGUCAAGCAGCUGAAAAAAUAUCAGAGUGUUAGUGGUGGUAUUCAGCGGGAACUUGAAGAUGCUGUGCGUGCUCGCGAUCAAGCCUUAGAAGCUUCACGAGAGUUGGACAAAAAGUAUCGCACCUUAGAUUCAGAAAAAGUUCGUCUACAAGAAGACUUGAGUACAAGCGAAAGAAACUGCCGUACAUUAAAGAAUGAUGUAAGUGAAGCCUUGGAAGAACUAGCUGCAGUGAAUUCAGCCAAAACGGCAGCACUGGAGGAAAAGAAACGCCUAGAAGCCCGUAUCACUGCUCUAGAAGAUCAGUUAGAAGAGCUACAAAGUGCUAUGGAUUCUACUGAGGAACGUCAUAAGAAAGCAUUCAGUCAAAUGGAGCAAGUUCAAACAGACCUAACCAUUGAGAAAAAUAACCUCGCACGUUCAGAGUCUCAAAGAAUCACACUUGAAAAACAGGUUAAGGAAUUGCGCGAGAAAUUAGUCGAAGCAGAGAAAGAAUGUGGGCGUCGUGUGAAGGCUCAGUGUUCGUCCUUAGAAUCUCGCUUGGCAUCUCUAGAUGAACAGUUAGAAUCAGAAAAACUUGAAAAGUUGAAUGCUAGCAAAAACUUACGUCGAGCCGAGAAAAAGUACAAAGAUCUCCUUUUACAGAAUGAAGAUUUGAAACGAUGUAAUGAAUCGUUGAAAGAAUCUUUCGAAAAAGCUCAAUCAAACUGUAAACGAAGUAAGCGCGAGUUAGAAGCUCUCGAAGAGGAAAAUACACGAGUAACUGCAAGAUAUCGUCGAAUGCAACGAGACCUUGAAGAGGUGAUGGAAGCUAAGCGAAUUGUUGAGCGGGAUUUGCAAAACCUUCGUAAACUCAGCCGUAGUACUCCCAGACCAAAUCGUCAGUUACCAUCGGUACUUUCUACGCGUACAGGUGAUGAUGGAACUCCGGAUGAAAACCAUUCAAUGACUGAAUUGGAUUCUGUAACCAGUGAUUUUGGCAGUAGUGGUGCAGGAGGAGGAGGUACUGUCAAUAAUAACAACAAUCACAACACAUCAACUGAUGAGAAUUAAAUAUUUACUCAAGAUGAUGAUAUAUGAACUUUUAUGCUAUAGCGUAACAAUAUCCUAAAGCCUUUUUUUCAAUUGUUUUUUUUUCUUCCUAAUAUCCUUAAUAAUAUAUAUGCAAAAGAUGGGGUUUAUAUUAUUAAUAGAAGAGAAAUUUCUUUGCACAUAAUAGUUAUGUAUUUACGGUUAGAAUAGGAUACCUCUUUAUUGUGCUGCUACUGCUGUCUGUCAGUGUUUUACACGUGUGUCAACAGUGAAAGGACGACUUUUCACACUAUAUAAUUAAAAUAAAUUGCUGCUAUUUGAAGAUAGAUAUCUGUAUCUGUAUGAAAAUUUAUUCACACAAUCAAAUCUAUGUUGAUUCAUGUCAGCCAGACAAAAGCUGCUAUUAAUUAUUUAUUGAUAAGCAUACUUUACACUUCACUUGUUGUCUACUACAAUAAUAAUAUAAUAUAACGAAACAUACAUUUCAUUCCGUCGCACUAAGAGGCGUGCUAAUUAAUUGUUGCACCUUAGUGUGUUUGCUAAUCUCCGGUUGUUAUUAUUAUUAUUAUUGUUAUUAUUAUUAUUGCCGUUUUUCGGUCAUUUUUUCCAUGUUUUUUAUAUAAUAAAAGUUUAGCAAUGUUGGUUUUUCAUUAAUAUAAAAAAAACUUCUGAUUGAAUUUUUAGAAAGUAACUUUUUUUGUAUAAGUCACUUUGAUAUAUUCACAAACUUUUAGUACAUUAUUAUAUAUGCAGCUAUAUUCUUAACCAAGUUCUUUCUAAGUAAUUACUCAAUUUAAUUUACUUAAUAUGAAAACAGCUUGGCCGAUGGAGAUGAAUACAUAU